GAGGCGCAGCGGCCGCGGCUCCAGCGCUCCGGCGGGGCUGCGCCGGCCUUGAGGCCGCCCCGGCGGUCUCGCCCCCCGCGGGACGAUGUCGCAGGAUCACGACAUGGAGCGGGCGAUCAAGGAAACCUCCAUUUUAGAGGAGUACAACAUUAACUGGACUCAGAAGUUGGGAGCUGGGAUCAGUGGGCCUGUGAGAGUCUGCAUGAAAAAAUCCUCUCAAGAACGCUUUGCACUGAAAAUCCUUCUCGAUCGUCCGAAAGCUAGAAAUGAGGUACGUCUGCACAUGAUGUGUGCAACACAUCCCAACAUUGUGCAAAUUAUUGAGGUUUAUGCCAACAGUGUGCAGUUCCCACAUGAGUCCAGCCCAAGGGCUCGGCUCCUCAUUGUGAUGGAGAUGAUGGAAGGGGGAGAGCUCUUCCACAGAAUCAGCCAGCACCGGCACUUUACUGAGAAGCAAGCAAGCCAAGUAACAAAGCAGAUAGCUUUGGCUUUGCAGCAUUGCCACUCACUGAACAUUGCACACAGAGACCUCAAGCCUGAGAAUCUCCUCUUCAAGGAUAACUCUCUGGAUGCUCCUGUUAAACUGUGUGACUUUGGAUUUGCCAAAGUAGACCAAGGUGACUUGAUGACACCACAGUUCACUCCGUAUUACGUAGCACCUCAGGUAUUGGAGGCACAGAGAAGACAUCAGAAAGAAAAAUCUGGUAUCAUCCCCACCUCUCCAACACCCUACACUUACAACAAGAGCUGUGACCUGUGGUCCCUGGGGGUCAUCAUCUACGUCAUGCUGUGUGGGUACCCCCCCUUCUACUCCAAACACCACAGCAGGACCAUCCCAAAGGACAUGAGGAAGAAGAUCAUGACAGGGAGCUUUGAAUUCCCGGAGGAGGAGUGGAGCCAGAUCUCCGAGAUGGCCAAGGACAUCGUGCGGAAGCUGCUGAAGGUCAAACCUGAGGAGAGAUUGACCAUCGAGGGGGUGUUGGACCAUCCCUGGCUCAACUCCACAGAGGCCCUGGACAACAUCCUGCCCUCUGCCCAGCUGAUGAUGGACAAGGCCAUGGUUGCAGGGAUCCAACAGGCUCAUGCAGAACAACUUGCAAACAUGAGGAUCCAAGACCUCAAAGUGAGCCUGAAACCCCUGCACUCCGUCAACAACCCCAUCCUGCGCAAGAGGAAACUGCUGGGCACCAAGCCAAAGGAUGGGGUUUAUAUCCAUGACCCUGAGAACGGGAGCAACGAUUCCAACGUGGCUCUGGAAAAGCUGAGGGACGUGAUUGCCCAGUGCAUUCUCCCCCAGGCUGGUAAAGGAGAGAAUGAGGACGAGAAGCUGAACGAGGUGAUGCAGGAGGCCUGGAAGUACAACCGGGAGUGCAAGUUGCUGCGGGACACCCUGCAGAGCUUCAGCUGGAACGGCAGAGGAUUCACAGACAAAGUGGAUCGACUAAAACUGGCAGAAAUCGUCAAACAAGUCAUCGAAGAGCAAACAAACUCCCACGACUCUCAAUAGCUGGAGCUUCUUAAUCUUAUUUUUUUUACCAUUUAAGAUUUAUUCUUUAACUGUAAAAAGUAUUUUUAUGUAAAUUAAUAAAUCAUAAUUAUUUCAUUAAAUUUCCAUACUGCUUGAAAAUGCUGUAUAGUUGUAGAUACAAAAAAGAAGAAAAAAAAAUCAUUGGUACUGUAAUAUUUUUUUAAAACUCAGUUCCUUGAGGUCUCUAUGAUCACUUAUGUACUGUUAAUCAUGAGGGCCCCAAAAGGGGUGGAUUAUAUUGCUAAAGACCAUUCUUUUUCUUAAUAACCAGUUGCAGGAGCUGCUUCCAUCUGCCCCAUCCAGCACUGCAGUGACUGUGAAUGAGAACAAGAGCCACAGUUUAACCCCCUGCUCAGUGAGUACUUGAAGCAAGUGCUGUGAAACACAAAUUCAUAGCUGCUCUUGGCACCUAAAUUCUGAUUCUUUAGGUAGAGGCAACUAAAUUAAAUAACCUUCAGUAUGGCUCAGUGCCCUGAGAGCCCCCCUUGGCCUUGCCCAGGGCACCUGAGUCCAUGUGCUUGCUGGAAUGUUCAGUUCUGAGCAGUAACUCUCCUCUUUUUGUCUCCUUCCCAUCUUCCCCAGACCUUCUUCGAAGCUCAAUCCUCUCUCUUUCUCCCUCUUCAUCUUCCUCAGACCUUUUUUAAGGCUGAAUUCAGCAUAAAACUCUUCUUUUUCUCGCCUCCUCCAACAGCAGAACAGAAGAAUGUUCGAGUUCUUAUUACAAGUUGUUUUUAUUUUCACGGUGGGAUCUUCUGUGGACAAAACCCAGCGUUGGGUUUGUUUCCUUCAGCCCUCAGUUGUGUGGGAUCCACCCCUGUAUUCCCGUUCUUUCCCUUCUAGGAGAUCCAACUCUUGGUUUUAGACUCUUCCUCUUGUCUGAGGGAUUAUCCCUGUGGGAACCCCCAGGGAUCCAUGUCCUGUGUCCCCUCCAGAGCCCAAAUUCCCAUUUCUAUGAUGCCUUCGAGCUCCUUUUUGGGGGAGCCACAACUCCAGGGCUGCUCCUUCCCACAGGUCCCUUUGCUGCCUCCCCAGGGCAGGUUCUUACCCCAGUCUGGAACAUUGGCUCCAAAAGCUGCUUUUUUUAACCUCAACGAAGCAAACAAAUGGACAGAACCUGUACAUAUUUCUAGUUUUCUACCUUUGGCUGCUUUUCUUUCUUUUGGGACUGGGUGGAGGCUUUUUAUAGGGGUAUUUUGGUACCAAACCCUGUGCAGACACCGAGUGAGUUUGGUCUGUACUGAAGUGCCAAUUCAGGGCUACGAGUAACGACUUCGUUGUGUUUCAGAGCUCCUCACUUUUGGGUUUACAUCGACAAACCUGAGCCAUGAACCCCCCCAGUUCUCUCUUAGGGCAGUUCUUUGUUGUCUCUUUUCUACACCGAACUCCCUUUAACUGGUGGCAAAGCAGUGUCUGACUCUUUCUGUACAGUUUUGUAAGGGGUGAUUCAGUUUUUCUACGUGAAGGAGAUGCUUCAUUUCCCCUUCUCUGUCUGCUCCUUGUCAGCUUUCCUUCAAUCCUGAUUUCAUUUUCCAGUGCCUGAUUCAUUGCAGAGGAAGAACAGUCCCUGUUCCACCAUCCCUGUGAUGGGGAGCAGGGAGUGUUUGUGUGGGCCAGAAUCGCCCCUCUGGCACCACGUGGGAUAUUUGUGCACUGACCUGUCCGUGAAAACUGAGAGAGAAUCAGCAAGAAACAAGAAUAUUUGUCAUUUCUUGGCUGUGUCAGCAACUUUGCAGGGCCUGUGAUGUGCAUUUCUGUCAUUGCUCUCAUCCUAGGUCAUGUCAGCAUCCACCUGAGUCUGGAAAUGUAAGAGGUGGUUUCACUUUUAACUUGAAAUCCGUGUUUUUUUCAGGGAAGUGGAAAGUGUUAAGUGUGGCAAAUGGAGAUAGAAACAGGGAAAUCACCUGUGUUUGAACAGGAGUGCAAAAAAUUCCCUCCAAAGGCACUUUGUGACUCUGCCCUCCAAGGAGGAAAACACUCAGGCAGUUCUGUGGGACACAGAAGUUGGCAGGAAAGGUGGAUCAGAUUGGAGCUACUCCCAGGGUGAGCACUGGAAUUGUUGUCACAAAGAACUGCUUUUUAUGGAUUUACUCUAAAUUUUAUUGUCUGGGAUAAGUAAGAAAAGCCUGAUCUGAAGCAGAGGGAGGAGGGACAGAUUAAGAAAACACAGUUGGAAGCUUCAAGGUCAAAUGGUUUUAUUUCUAUGAGAAAAUUGUUUUUUUGUUGUUGUUGUCUCUUUGAAAAGUUAAGUUUUACAUUUCGAAGUUCAAUACACUUGAAUGGAUUCCUUUUCACAUUUUAAAGUAGCAUUUGACUUUCUCCUUCCUGUGUUUUGUUUUGUUUCUCAGUUGACACAAAUGCAGGACACCUUGUCUUGAUUCUGUAAGGUUUUACUUGGUGAUAAAUCUACUGAUCCUCUUUGGCAGACUGUGAAUAUUGUAAAUACCUGGAGCUGGAAGGGUUGUAUGGGAUCAAAGAAGACUUUGUACAAACACUUAAAAUGUGGGAAAGCUCUGUAGAUUUUUUUUGGGUUUGUUUUUGGUUUUGUUUUUAGAAUUUUAUUUCAGUGAAGGAAAAAAAUCUCUGAAAUCAUUUGACCUUUUCCAAAAUUUGAUGUAUAUCUGACUUCUCCUGUGAUGGAUUAUUUUAAGCUUUUAUAUCUGUGUUAAAAAUCAGAAGAACCUGACUGGGCAAAAGAGGUUUUGGUUGGCAAUAGCAACGUGUCAAAGUUUUGCUGUCAUUUACUCCUGGUUUGCAUUUUGGCAAUCCCAGUCUGUCCCCACAUGCCACGUUUGACUUCUGUGUGUUGAGAUGUUCUCAUUUCUCUCCUCAGUGUUCCCUGGUAGUUCCUCUGGGAUCAGUAUUAUAUUGUAAAUAUUCCCCCUCGGUGUAUAUAAAGGAUUUUACUAAA